CCCUGAAACACGGGCACCACACGCGCUGUCAAAGAAUCGAUCGCUUGCGAGCGCUAGCCCAACGCGCCCCAGCCCAGGCCAUUAUAUACCUCGACACCCAUUCUCUUCCUCUUGCUCUCCUCAUCACGCUCUUUCACGCCUGCCAAUUCAGUUGUACAUCACAUCCAACUACCCACACUCUUUAACAAGAACAAACAACUACUUCAAAAUGCGUGCCGCUAUCGUCGCUGCCCUGGCUGGCUCUGCCAUCGCCUCUUACGCUCCUCCAGCCUACGACGCUCCUCCAAGCUACGGCGCUGAGACCACCUCCUCCGUCCCAGCUGCUUACCCAACUGAGACCAAGCCAGCUGGCUACGCUCCUCCUCCGGUCUACGAGUCCAAGUCCGAGACUCACCCAGCCGCCUACCCAACUGAGACCAAGCCAGCUGGCUGGCUCUGCCAUCGCCUCUUACGUGAGUGCUGUCGUGUCGAUGAACAUCAACGAACCGUCGCUGACGAUCAAUUCAGGCUCCUCCAGCCUACGACGCUCCUCCAAGCUACGGCGCUGAGACCACCUCCUCCGUCCCAGCUGCUUACCCAACUGAGACCAAGCCAGCUGGCUACGCUCCUCCUCCGGUCUACGAGUCCAAGUCCGAGACUCACCCAGCCGCCUACCCAACUGAGACCAAGCCAGCUGGAUACGCUCCACCAUCAACCUACGAGUCCAAGUCCGAGACUCACCCAGCUACCUACCCAGCCUCCACCUGGUCGACUGUGUACACCACCUACUGCCCUGAGCCAACCACCUUCACCCACGAGAGCAAGACCUACGUUGUCACCAAGGCCACCACCUUGACCAUCCCAGCUGUCUACACCACCCACCCAGCUCCAGUCCCAAGCUCUCCAUCCAGCCCAGAGCAGCCAGAGACCCACCCAGCUCCUCCGGUCUACACCCACCCAGCUCCAUCUGCUCCAGUCUCCCCACCAAAGUACCCAGUUGGCAACAACGGCACCACCCCAGUUGCCCCAACUGGCUCCACCCCAACCAAGCCAGCCACCUACACCGGUGCUGCUGUCGCCAACGUUGCCGGUGGUGCUUUCGCUGGUGUCGCUGCCCUCGCUGCUUUCUUCUUGUAAAUGUCUCAACCUAUCUGACCUACCUCUCUCCCUCGAGAGGGUAGUCACCCAGAUACGAUUGUUACGUUUACUCGUUUAAUACCACACGUAAUGAGAACGGAAAGAAGAAUCAAGUUCAAUCAUCAAUCAGCACGCGAGCGGGACGGGAUCUUGUACAGUUAGCAGUUCAACAGGCUGUUGUCGUGUAGAAGGUAUCGGAAAACAGACAUUAUAAGGGAAGCAACUACAGUUUUGACGACGUGAAACGCAGAAACCCCGGCCGGGUAUGCAUCUCGCAUUGUUACACAUUUUUUCGCAUUACAUUACAAUCAUCUAUGAUUCGUCCCGGGGCGAUAGAUGCUGGUUUCGUCCCCAUCUACAACAAGUCGUCAUUAAUGUAAUAGAUUUGGCAGCACAUUGAUACCC